GCUGAGUGUCAACACGAGCUGUGUCUCAAUAGCUCAACCUGUCCUGUGAGUGACAAGACUUCCGAGAGCUGAUGGACAUUUACCAGGAGGCUAUGGAGUAUCUGAAGUCACAGCAUGUACCGGUUGAAGAGGAGCCUGAUGUCCUGGAGGAAGACGUUUUCCAAGAGGAGGUGGUGUCCUGCUUUCUCUCUCCUCUCCAUGCAGAAAGCGUAGACUACCCCGAAACCCCUACGACAUGCAGCCAGGAAGAAUUGUUUGACAGGAGACAGAAAGUCCUGAUCGGCAUCAUGGAGAGCGAGGAGGUCUACCUCAGAGAGCUGGAUGCACUGCUCAUGCCCAUGAAGGCUCUGCGGGCUACAGCUGGAACCUCUCAGCCAGUUCUCUCCAGUCAACAGGUCCAAACUGUUUUCUACCAGGUGCCUGAGAUCAGAGACAUGCACCAAAACUUCUACGCAGGUCUGAAGGCCCAACUGAGUGCACACUGCCAGACGGAGCUCAGUCCAGUCCUCCAACCACAGCAGGGGUCAGGUUCAGAGAGCGAGACAAGGAGUUUUGGUGAAGAGACAGAGAUGAAACACAAAGGAUUUGAGCUGAUGGUGGGAGACAUAUUCCUGAAAAUGGUCAACCAGAUCAGUUUUUACGGAGGUUUCAUUCAAAACUACGAGGAAGCUGUUGAUAUUGUGAAGAAGUGCACCCAAUCAGACCCUCGUUUCCGAGUACUGGCCGAGAGCAUGAUGUCCAACAACGGCUCAGACAAAACACGUACCAAAUACACAUUUGAAGCUCUACUGUACAAGCCUUUGGACAGAGUGACCAAGACCACACUGGUCUUACAGGAUCUCUUGAAGGCUACUCCAGAGGACCACCGAGAUUAUACAGUCUUACAGGAAGUUUUGAGGUUAUCGCGUAGUUUCCUGUCUGGCCUCAAUGAGAUUUCACAAUGCAAACGAGAGGUUAUGCUAAGUCAUGGCAUGAGACGUAAGCUGAUGCGUGAUGGCUUUGUGAUCAACGAGGGAGACCGCAGUCUUCGUCAUCUCUUUCUUUACACCGAUCUUCUGCUGUGCACCAGACUCAAACCUGCAACUAGAGGGAAGCAGGACCAGUACAGGUUCUGCUGGUAUCUUCCGCUCGCUGGUCUCAAACUUCACUGGGUUGCAGAUCAGGACCAAACUCCUGACACACACCUCCGCCUACACACUAUAAGAACUAAGAUGUACCUCCUCCGGCAACAGCUACGACAACAUACGAAAGGAUCCAAGAUUUCGACCUUGCCAACUCGCAACAAGAAGAAACUGGAGCAACUGGGGCUGAUGCUGCUCACACACUCCCUUGAUUACAGGCUGGAGCUACACAGCCCAAGUGGCAAGAGUCAAUCUCUCCUCUUCUCCUCCUUGUAUGAACUGGAAGAAUGGAGAGAAGCCAUUUACAAACUCACUACAGACAACAUAGAAACUGUCCCUCCAGACCUUCUUACACUCACCAGUGCAUGUGUGAAGCUGAGAAUGACCCAGCAUCCGCCACUACACACCACGUUCACCGGACAGGACGAGAACUCGUUAUGUGGAACUUUGGGCGUGGCGAUCCACUCUGCUUGCGGCCUGCAGCAACCUGCUUGUGUGUACGUGUGUGUAGAAGUAGAUGGCUACAAUUUUUACGAUCAACAGGCAAAGACACACUCCUCAGUCCGCACACUCGACCCGCACUGGGACCAGGAGCUGUCUUUCCAGGUGGAUGAAGCACAGAACCUGAGGUUGCUCUGUGUGGGUCAGUCUGACGGACGGGACGGACGGGAAACUGUCUUAGGACGAAGUUCUGUAAAGCUGGAAUCUAAAACCCUGAAUAAGCGAUGGAAAAGACAGACUCUCAACAUUGGCCAGGUGGAGGUGACAGUUUCCCUGAAGUUCACCCCCCACGUGCUUGACGCACCCAGCUCAACAGCUCAGCAGCAGCUCAUCUUUGGUGUCCCACAUGAAAUUGUGGCACAACAGGAAGGAGUGCUGGUCCCACAUGUGGUGCGAUGCUGCGCUGAGGAGGUGGAGAGGAGAGGCCUGGACGAGGUGGGCAUCUACAGGAUUUCAGGAGGCGCCACUGACAUCAUCGCGCUGAAGGCAGUGUUCAACAGCAAUCUGCGUGAAGCAGUAACCAGGCUGAGAUGUGCAGAAGUGAACACUGUCUCUGGUGUCCUCAAACUUUACUUCAGAGAACUGCCUGAGCCUCUCAUACCCGCUGAGCUGUUUCAGAGUCUGGCCAAAAUGCUGGAAAUCGAGGACUUAGACUUGCGGCUGGUCUCUAUGCUGGCUCUGCUGGAGUCCUGUCCCGAUGCCAACCGCCACACCUUCCUCUACCUACUACACCACCUCCAACGAAUCUCUGAGAAGCAAGACAAGAACAAGAUGACUCCACUCAACCUGGCUACAGUUUUUGGCCCAAGUCUUGUCCGCCCCCCUGUGGCUGGACUGGGACAGGACGGCCCCACUAUCGAUAUCUCCCAGGAGGUUGUGAUACAGGUCCAAGUGGUUCUCAGCUACCUGCAGUGCAACAACCUCCCUGACGCCCGGAUCUCUCCUCCACAUGACACAGAUGCUGAGGAUGAGACCACCCACUUGUGAGACCACCAUCUGUGUCCUGCUGUCAGAAAAUUCAAAUAGUGUAAAAGUGUGUGUGUGUGUGUGUGUGUGUGUGUGUGUGUGUGUGUAUACAAAAUAUGAGCAAGGACUGUGGGACACAAAAGGUAUUUAUUGAUAAAAUAUGGACUGGCACUUUUGAAUUAAUCUGGGACAGCACAUAAAUGACUUUUCCUCCAUGUGGUAAUACUAAAUGACAGCUAUUUCUGUUUCUAUUCUAAAUGUUAAUGUUUGUGUAGAUAUGUUGAACAUAUGUGUAAGUUAUUUAAGUUUAAAUCCCUUAAACUCAACAGUACAGUAACAUUUAUGUACCUUUCCUAAACGUUACCUCAUGAUUCGGUUAUUUAUGCUCAAAGUGAAACUCAAAAGUGGAAAAAUGUU